UUUGCGUAUUUCACAUCGUUUCAUUAUGCAAAUACAAUUGGUGUGCUUAAUUCUCAGUCUGCUGAUGAUCGGUGUUGUCAGCGGCAGGACACUAUUUGGUCAACUCUUUGGCCCAAGUAAUGGAGGAUACUACUAUCAGGAUCCACAACAGUAUGAACAUUCUAGACCUCGUCGCCCACAGGAGCAGCAGCGUUCUUAUAAAGAUAUUUGCCGCGUCGUCAACACAAAUGGUUUCACAAAUCCGGGCAAUGUGCCAAGAUGUCCUUACUAACAAACAUUCUUGUAUUUUAUAGCAAAAAGUUUCGAUAACAUUAAAUAAAUUGCGCCUAUAUAAUUUAUAA